AUGAUAGGACAUGGUUGUAUUUGUUUUUAUAAUCAAAUAUCUUCCAAACAUGCAUUGGGAGAUUACUCUGUUUCAAGCUUAUCUUUAAUUUGUGGAGUUGUAGCUGUUAUAGUAGCAAUUAUUGUAUUUUAUUUAUAUCAAAUUCACUCAUCACCAUCAUUUAUUAUUGCAUUUUCUUUAUUAUUUAUAACAACUCUAUUAAUGUCUACAGUUACUUUUAUUGCAUUCAUUGAUACUUAUUCUGUUCGUUCAUUAGUUAAAGAAAAUACCUCAAAGAUGAUGUCAUUAGAGUAUGAAUUUGAAUGUUGUGGUUAUAAAUCCCAACGAGAGUAUUGUCAGUAUUUACAUAAACCAACUUGUUAUUCGAGAAUUGUUAAACCAUUUAUGACGUUUAGAAUGUUAUGUUCCAUUGCAUUUUUCUCUUUGUUAAUAGAAACUAUAUCAUUUGGAAUAUUUCUUUGCUUAUGGUUUGAUGGACUUGAAGCACAACCACAAGAUAUGAUCACUUUACAUAUUUCACGUGUUGAUUGA